CACUCGUUGGAGUCAUACCAAACACCAACAAGCUCCAAGAACCAAAGAGAGAAAUGGAAGUCAAAGCCAGAGCACCUGGGAAGAUCAUACUCUCUGGUGAGCAUGCUGUGGUUCAUGGAUCUACGGCCAUCGCUGCCUCCAUUGACCUCUGUACCUAUGCCACUCUUCGCUUUCCCGCUCAUUCUGAUAAUGAUGGUUUACUUAGACUGGAACUCAAAGAUAUUGGAUUAGAGUUUUCAUGGCCAGUUGGUAGGAUUAAAGAAGCAUUAUCUGGAAUAGAUGUUCCCAACCCAUCAACACCCACCUCAUGUCCAGCUGAGGCGAUCAAAUCACUUGCUAUUUUAGUUGAAGAACUAAACAUCCCAGAGGCAAAAAUUGGAAUUGCUGCUGGAGUGUUGGCUUUUCUUUGGCUGUAUUCAUCUAUCCAAGGAUUUAAGCCUGCAACAGUUAUUAUCUCUUCAGAACUUCCAUUGGGUUCAGGUCUUGGUUCAUCUGCCGCACUUUGUGUUGCGUUCUCUGGUGCUCUUCUUGCUUUCUCAGAUUGUGCAAGUCUGGAUUUGGGCCACCAAGGGUGGUUAGAUUUUGGAGAAAGUGAACUUGACUUGCUGAAUAAAUGGGCAUUUGAAGGUGAAAAAAUCCUCCAUGGGAAGCCAUCUGGAAUUGACAACACAGUUAGCACAUAUGGGAAUAUGAUCAAGUUUAGAUCAGGCAGUUUGACUCGCCUCAAAUCGAACAUGCCACUCAAAAUGCUCAUUACUAACACAAAAGUUGGGAGGAACACAAAGGCCUUAGUUGCUGGUGUUUCAGAGAGGACAUUAAGACAUCCAGAUGCUAUGACUUCUGUGUUUAGCGCAGUUGACUCUAUCAGCAGGGAAUUGGCUACCAUCAUCCAAUCAGAGGCUUCUGAUGAAAUCUGUGUAACUGAGAAGGAGGCGAAAAUAGAAGAGCUGAUGGAAAUGAACCAAGGUUUGCUCCAAUGCAUGGGAGUCAGCCAUGCUUCAAUUGAAACCGUUCUUCGGACUACACUCAAAUACAAGUUGGCUUCCAAGUUGACAGGAGCUGGUGGUGGAGGGUGUGUUCUGACACUAUUGCCAACCUUGCUAUCAGCAACAGUUGUUGACAAAGUAACUGCAGAACUGGAGUCAUGUGGAUUCCAUUGCUUAACAGCGGCCAUUGGUGGACAAGGUGUUCAAGUUUGCUUUGGUGGUUCAUCAUGAAGUGAUAAGUAAGGUCCAAGCUCCAUUGUUAACUGAUAGAAUACAAUUCACUCUUUGUUGUUUGUAUAUUAGUUAGUUUGUUGUGUUCUGCAUUUUUAUCCGAGUUAAUUUCAUCUCCAAGUUCUUUGAAAUGCGCUCUCGGCCUUUUUGUUUCAUCAGCAAUUGAAAUAUAUGGAAAUAAAUGUCACUCUUUCAUUCUUGUC